UUGUAUGCUCAGGCCUUUCAGGGUUUGUGAAAAAUCUAGGGCUUAAAAAGAGAUCUCGAAGAAGCUGUACUUUGCAAGUCAACAAUGGCGCCUCUUCCCGGACCUUACUCUGGUACCAGCACCCUUGCUCUGGUGGCUCGUACCUCGGCAUUCACAUUCGGACUUGUUUAUGGUAGCAUGAAGCUCAAGUAUCUCAGGGCUAAGGCCAAGUCUCACCAGAAGGCUGAAGCUAAGGCACAUCACUGAUAGAGAGCAGUAUGCUGCAUUUGCUGUUUGAUAAAAAUAAUAUAUGACAAUCAUAUAAUAUCAAUUUUCAUUCUGGCCUGUUGCUUAGGACCAUCAUUUUCGACUUGUAACUGUUCAAUUUUGUGUUUUGAGAGUUAUUAGAUAUUUUUAUGGUUCAUUUGGUAUCAUAGUGGUCCAAUUUUGAGGACUGCAUUGGACAAACAGGGGAAAAGUUGGCCAUAGAUCUGCUAGCACAAUAAUCUUGUUACAUCAAGUCAUCCAGGGAAAAAGCUAAUUUAGUUUGUGGUUAUUCCAUCAAUGAUGAAGAUAUGUUGACUUCCUUUCUUGA